AUGACUACCCCUCGUCAGCCUAAAUCGGAACUUUCUAGCAACCUUGUACCUUCUCCGUCCUUUCUGAAGCAGCUGCUCAACGAGAUUAGUGGCGUUAGUACUCCAGUAGCUUCGGGCAAUAACAAGACUUUACAACGCAGUCCAGGAGCGGGCACCACUGGAGAUGCAGAGAAGCGUGUGCCUUCGAUCUGGGUUGGCGGUGCGUUCGCUGCUCGAGACGCCCGCGAGAAACUUCGAGCAGCCGACGAAACACGUUCGAGGAAGUGGAACAUAACCAAGGCCGAAGGCAUACCGCCAAGUUCGAGCUUGCCUCAGCAUGCAAGUCUCCCGUCAAGCCAAUCGACUAUGGCCUCAUGUGGAGAUUACUACACGGUGAGCCACUGUCAUAACGAGACUUGUGGCAUUCCGAAAGUCAAGCAAAACACAAUUUCCAGUGACGAGUAUGUCUUGAGCGCGGAUGUCCUACCCUCAUCACAGCAGCGACUCAAUCUACAGAAGUUAAAGAUCCCACUGCCAACAGUACCCGAUGAACCUACCCAAUCAAGUUCGCCACUGAUGUCCUGCGGAUCUGACCAGUCGUCAAAUACAUCCUCUAGCGAAGCUCCAACUUCUGCAUUGACUGCGUCCUCCACCAACGCAGCGACAGCAUUGUCUCAUUUUGAGGGUAGAAGUAAGGCUUCCCGCAAGAGAGGACGCAGUCUUGAUGGUACAGAAGACGAACUGCUCUUGAAAAAGAUGCGUCCCUUGACAUCGCCGCAAACACGAAAUUCGGCGACUACUUCAAACAUCGCUCCACAUCUCACCACGACUCCCAAUAGCUCUCCCGAUAAAUACAGACUUUCAGUGCCCGGACUAAAAUUUACGGAAAGGUCAUUGGCUGGUGCGGUGAUCAACACGCCCAUUGAGCGCCUCCCGAAUGACUCGAAUAUCAAGUCCAGCAUCGCCACUCUAAGUCCAGAACCUAGCAUGAUACCACAGCCGACAACGCCUGUGAAGCUCUCAACAUGGCAAUGCACUACUACAACCCCGGAGCCGCCAGAAACUCCAAGCUUCGCAAGGACCCUGCACCUCUUUGAUAUGAGCGUGUCCAUGUACAAGGAUGACAAGGGCGAUGAAUGGAUGCAAGACAUCUCUAUUUUUAAAUCCACACAUGGUGAUGAAUGGGCGCGUAACUCGCUGUGCAAGCAUUGCUUUUCCCGCAGUGGCAAGUUCAGUAGGAUAAUGACGUACGGUUAUGAGACGUGCGGGUGUGAGGAAUGUCUGGAUGAUUAUUACUGGGAGCCUGCAGUUAGACCAAAUUGCUAG